AUGCCAAAUAGUCCUCGUUCGGUGUGUGUUUAUUGUGGUUCAUCCGCUGGUAGAAACCCUAUUUAUUCCAGAGAUGCUCGUGAAUUAGGUGAAUUGUUCCAUAAACUAGGUUGGCAGUUAGUGUAUGGUGGUGGUACUACUGGUCUGAUGGGAGAGAUUGCUAAAGCUACGAUGGGACCUCGUUAUGAUGGUCGUGUUCAUGGUAUUAUCCCUAGUGCUUUAGUCUCUAAAGAACGUAAUUCUAAAGAUGAUGAUAACGAAAAUGAUACAAGUUCAAUUAAAUCCACAGAGCUGGAAGAUCAAAUAAAGAUGGAUGUGGAUAAUCAUAAAGGUUCUACACCGAUUUCUUGGAAAUUUGGGAAAACUACAGUGGUUAGUGAUAUGCAUUCAAGAAAGAGAUUAAUGGCCGAUGAAAGCGAUGCAUUUGUUGCUAUGCCUGGUGGUUAUGGUACUUUUGAAGAGAUUAUGGAAUGUAUCACUUGGUCUCAGUUAGGGAUACAUAACAAACCUGUAAUUCUUUUCAAUAUUGAUGGAUUUUAUGAUUCAUUACUAGAAUUUAUUUCGCAUUCAAUUGAAGCUGGAUUUAUUAGUCAUUCUAAUGGUAAUAUUGUACAAGUAGCAACCACUGCUGAAGAAGUUAUACAAAAGAUUCAAGAGUAUAAAGUCCCCGAAGGUAGAUUUAAUCUGAAGUGGGAUGAUGAAGGUAAACCAACAUUGUAA